AUGGCAAACAUCGAAAAGUGGGACCCAACGGCGAAUGCAUUCGACAAUGAGCCGCUGCUUCGCAGCCAGAGAUCCGAACGAAACAGGCCAAGUAAAGGCUGUGAAAGUUGCCGUCGUCGCAAGGUCAAGUGUGAUGCAAACCGUCCUACGUGCUCAAGAUGUCACGAUCGCGGACUGAACUGCAAAUACCGAGACUACACUCUUCAGAUCUUUCGAGAUGAGACCGGCAGAGCCGCGAGUAGAGUCCAGGAGCGCAUGCUGGCAAAGCAGCAUGAGCGCGGAUGUUCUGCUUUGACAGUCGACGAUGGAGCGCUCAGACAGCCACUUCCAUCUGUACAGGAGCUGGCUAUCGCGAGGUUCUUCCAUGACUUUAUUCUCGACGGCUCUGCGAGUUCUGGGCAUUCUCGUCCGAACGCAGGAUACCUCGCUCGGAUACCUGGCAUGUAUCGACGCUGCGAGGCUGAAUCAUCCUUUGCGCUGGCAUUAUCUGCGGCGGCGAAUGCCAAUUUCUGGAGACGCCACAUGUCACCUCAGGCCAAGUCUAACAGUCUGAAGGAUUGCAGCAAGGCUUUGCAGCAGCUACGGACAGAUCUAGAGCAUGGGAGUAGUCUACACGAGAUCGCUGAUUUGCUCACGGCUUCGUCUCUGCUCGCCAUUUAUCAGCUUAUAGCCACCCGAGAUGUCUCUCAGCGAACAUCUUGGACAGCACAUGUGAACGGAGCGGUGGCGUUGCUGGGUUCCGAGGAACGGGACAAUACAGAGUUGUACAGUUUGUCGGGAGUUCUGCAGCCGAUCGUCUCUCAAAUGCUCAUGGACUGUCUAGUCAUGGGCAGACAUCCAAAGCACCCCCUGGACAGAUGUACGUCUGUCAUGGAACUUUGGAGCCCAUCAGCGAUGCUCUUCACAUUCAUGUACCGGACCGCCGAAUUGUGCGCAACUGGGCUGGAUGGUUACUCGGCAGACGCCUUUGAUCCCACACAACAGACUCGUCCCGUCGACAUCUUCCUCGAAAAAUGCCAGGCUUUGGAUGAGGAGAUGUCAAGCUGGAUGGACUCCAGGAGCGAUCUCGAGCCGGUAGUCAUCCUACCAAAUACCAAGCAGAACGUCCCAGCACCGCUUUGGAGCUUGUUCGCGGGCACUGGCGCACCGAGAAAUUUGCAUCUUUGCCCGGACAUGGACCAGACUCACCAGUGGCACCUCUACAGGGCUUGCCGACUCACAGUCCUGCGUGCAAUGAUGAGCGCCAUCCGCACCGGAAUGGCCCUGGCUGCGACGGAUGCCAUAAUGUCCAGCUACGAGCUCCGCCGUGACCUGGUCCAUUCACGUACGGCCGUGCUUGUGGACGACCUGCUGUCUGCAGUGUUCUCCUCGCUGGUGGUCCCUGUCCCCGGGAAGGCAAAGCCGGAAUCCAUGACAGACCUCGAAGGGUUCGAGCCUUCCAGAUCCUCUGGCCGUUGCACGCCGCAGGCACCUGUUUGA